AUGGAAACAGUUAGAGGAAAUGGAACAUUCAACUGGCAGUGGUCUAGUCAGCCUGUGUCUGAAGAGGAGCUUAAGGAAUGGAAGGAAUGUUGUGAGGUGCUUAGUAUGGUGAAUCUGUCCAAUAGUAAGGAUGCCUGGUUAUGGAAUGGUGAUAGUCAGAAUGGUUUCUCGGUGAAGGCAGUCAAAUCAGCUUUGAUUAAGGAUAGAGGCAUUUUGGAUAGGCUUCCUACUAGAAUAAAUUUAAGAAGAAGGAAUGUGAUCAUAUCUUCAUCUAUGUGCCCUUUCUGUGAAUCGGCUGAGCAUUUGUUCACUGCCUGCUCGGUGGCUUUGAGGGUGUGGCCGGCUUUCAGUGACUGGUGCAAAAUCCCGCCUCUCUACCUUUUUGAGUUUAAAGAUAUUCUUGAUAUCCCCAUAUUCAUUAAGCGCAGUAAGAAGGAGGAGAAGAUCAUUUAUGGGUUGGCUUUGAUAACGUCUUGGUGCAUAUGGAAAGAAAGGAAUGAAGUGGUUUUUAAACAGAAAAGAUGUAGUCCGCAAGAUAUCAUAGGGGAGUUAAAAUCGUGA